AUGCCACUUUCGUUCGAAGAUGUCAUGCGCGUCGCUACGACUGUAUCGACGCUGUGUAUGUGCAUCAGUCCCCUGUCGACGAUAAUCCGGUUCCAUCUACGCCGCAACGUCGGGGAUGCGGCUGUUCUGCCGUACGUCACGCUCUGGGUCAGCAGCCACAUGUGGAUGCUAUACGGAUACGUAAUUGGCAACAUAUUUCCCGUCUUCGUCACGUACGCCAUUGGCGACACACUCAGCGUUGUCUUCCUCGCUGUGUACAUCCGCUGGACAGCUAACCGCAGAGCUGCCAUAAAAACGUGUGCCAUCGCCUUACUCUGGAUCGUUGCGGUGACCACGUACGUUGUGCUAUGCAAGACCGAAGUGCUCCAGCAGUCCCAGCAGACGCUGUCGCUAGUAAUGGGCAUCAUCGGGACCAGUUGCAGCCUGGUGCUCUACGCGUCGCCCCUCGCUGCGAUCAAAGUCGUGCUGCAGACAAGGUCGUCAGCGUCGCUGCCGUUCGCGCUGAUUCUCGCGGGGACUAUCAACAACCUGAUGUGGGUCGUAUAUGGAGCCACCGUACCCGACUUGUUCAUGGUUAUUCCAUCCGCCGUCAGCGCUGGAAUCGGCUUCAUUCAAUUGGCUCUCUGUGGCGUGUUCCACCCCUCUCGCUCUGCAGCUGGUGACAUUGUGACUUCGGUCCUGCCUUGCGAGUCUCCGAACGGCGAGCUCCCAAAGUGUCGCUACAGCAUCAUGGAAUCAGCCACGCCUUUGCCAGUUACUUACAAGCGCCAAGAGAAAAUGGAAGUGGCCGUAUAG